CAGGCGCCCAGACCUGCGGGCCACCGGGGCGGCACAGGGGCUGGAGCCCGGGCUGCCGCGGCCCCUCGCCUAGCGCGGUUAGGCGCGCGGCAGACCGGCUCCGGAAGCGCGCCGCUCGCGCUCAGUACUCAGCCUCGCCAUAGCCGGGUCUCUGAGCCCACGGAGCUUCCCAGCUCAGCCUCCGCGAGGAGGAGCAAGCGGGAAAGGGGGCUGAGCGUUUUGCUCAAGCGCUUGUUUUUCUCCGAGGCCUCCUACAGGUAACGACGGCCUGGUCAAAAAAGCCAGUGGAAACGGUUGCCAGGGCCGGCUAACAGCUGCUUCCGGAGGUUCUCUGGCGCUUCGGCAACAAUGGGGCCACUGGACCGAGGGAGCGCCCCUUCCGGUUUCGUAGCUUCUCACAGAGCUCCGUGGCGCGUCGCCUUUAACCCCGGAAGUGAAGUCUUCCGGGUUCCUCCCUCCCUCAAGAUGGCAGCAGCCGAAGAAGACGAGUUACCGCUGCCACGGCUGCCCGAACUAUUUGAUAUCAGCAGACGGCUUCUGGACGAAGUGGAAGUAGCGACCGAGCCCACCGGUUCCCGGGCAGUCCAAGAGAAGGUGUUGAAAGGACUCCAGCUCCUUAAGCAGGCCGCCGAAAUGUUAGCGCAGCUCGACUUGUUCAGCCAAAAUGAAGAUUUGGAAGAGAUUGCUUCCACCGACCUGAAGUACCUGAUGGUGCCAGCAUUUCAAGGAGCCCUCGCCAUGAAACAAGGCAACCCCAGCAAGCGCUUAGAUCAUUUGCAAUUGGCUCGAGAACACUUUUUAAACUACUUAACUCAGUGCCAGCACUAUCAUGUGGCAGAGUUUGAGUUGCCCAAAACCAAGAACAACUCAGCUGAAAAUAACACAGCUAGUUCCUCCAUGGCCCAUCCUAGCCUCGUUGCUAUGGCAUCUCAAAGACAGGCUAAAAUAGAGAGAUACAAGCAGAAGAAGGAGAUGGAGCGUAGGUUGUCUGAAAUGAAAUCUGCUGUCGAAAGUGGUGAAGCAGAUGAUGAGCAUGUUCGUGAGUAUUACCUCCUUCACCUUCGAAGGUGGAUUGGUAUCUGCUUAGAAGAGAUUGAGAGCAUUGACCAGGAGAUGGAUAUCCUGAGAGGAAAAGACUCUUCAAAAGAGGCAUCAACUUCUCAUUCAUCUCGUCCGUCCAGGCCUCCAAUGAAACCCUUUAUUCUCACUCGGGAUGCGGCCCAAGCCAAAGUAUUUGGAGCUGGUUAUCCAAGUCUGGCAACCAUGACAGUGAAUGACUGGUAUGAUCAGCAUCGGAAGUUGGGAGCUUUACCAGAUCAGGGAGUAGCCAGGACAACAUCAGGAGCAGAAGUAAUCUGGAUAAAGAUUCUGAGUAACAUGAAGACUUUGGCAGUAUUUUAUUUCACUUACUAGUAAAAUAAAUAGCCGAUGAUUCUGGGAGGAUUGGGGCAGUGGAGAAGUGUAGGUUUUGAACCUCUCCAAAUAUUAUGGCAUAAAAACAGACUGAGCAACUAGAUAGUAAAACCAAAAAUCCAUGGAUAGCAGCUCUGCUUCUGGUAUUAGCAGAAUAGGUUGUAUUAGAUUAGCACCUCCUACAGUUAACAAUUACAGACCGGAAAAGCUAUAACGAAAUAACUACCUAAAGGCACUGGAGAGUGACCAAAAGCAGACAUAGACUGGAGGUCAGUCAACACUUAGAAGAUAAGAGUGGUACUUAGAACUUCUUGAGGGCAGGGAUUUUGACUUACUGUAUUCUUGGUGCCCAAAUUGAUAAUUAGAUCAUAGAGAUACUUGAAGGUGUCUUUGGGAGGGAAAGGUGAAGGGUGGUCUUUAGAAAGAUGAAAGUAAUAUGGUUUUAGCAGAAAAAGCACAGACAGAGCUGGGGUAACCAAUUACUCCUGUUACUUGAUAGGACAUCAUAUAGCCCCUCUGAGCCUGUUUCCUUAUCUCAUGUAUUAUCUCAUUUGAUCUUAAUCCCAUGAAGCAGACAUUUUAACCACGUUUUAGUAUGAGGAAAUAGUGUCUGAGAACUGACAUAUGCAAAGUCAACAUAGCUAAAAAGUGGCGAGGCUAGGAUUUUAAUUCAGGCCUUAAUAUUCCAAGUUCUAGGGCUGUUUCAAAUAUAGCACAGAGAAAAGAAGAGUGGUCAAUUUGAAGAGUGGUUUUCCUGUGUGUUUUUUUUAUGGCUUUUCACCCAUGGGCAGGCUGCAGAUGCUGUGAUGGGAGUAGGUAAAAUUUGGAUAGAAACUUACAGUCUUAUUGGUUGUGCAAUGAGAGAACUGAGUUCGGGUGACUAUAGCAACUGAGAGGUGAGAAGAAUAUCCCAGAAAGAAGAGAACCACAGAGGAGGAGUCCUAAUUCUUUACAUAAAUCUGCCCACAUCUCUGGCUGACUCAAGCUCCACAUGCAUAGGAUAGAUUCCAAGCACCCUGGGGAGGGCUAAAAUAACUGAAUGGAAAAUGCAGCUACUACCCAAUGCAGAGGAAAUAGAAUUUAGAAUUUGGUUUUAGAUAAAUUAACUGCCUGCUAAAAUGAAAAAUCAAUACUCUAGUGGAAUGAAACAAUUCAGAAUCUGUAUAACAUACCCAUUUACGAAGUCUUGUAUUCAAUCAUAAACUAAACAUAUGGGGGGAAAAAACAGAAAAAUGUGACUUAUACUCAAGAGGAAAAGCAAUUGCUGGAAACCAAUCCCAAGAUGACUCAGAUGUUGAAAUUAGCAGACAAGGACUUUAAAGCAGCUUAUUUCUGUGCUUAGGGCAGAGGGGAAAAUAUGCUUGUAAAGAAUUAAAAGAUAAGAUGUCUCAGCAGAGAGGAAGAGACUAUACACAAAAAAAUCUGGAACAAAAAAUAUGGUAUCCGAACUUUAAAAAUCAUUGGAUAAGCUUAAGAGAUUGGCAAUGACAGAAGAAAGUGUCAGUUAACUUGAAGAUAAAUCAACACAAAUUAGCCUA